AAACACUGGGCAAAACUUGUAAUGAGUUCUACUGAGAAAGCUGAUAUUACACACUCUGUGGAACUUUCUUUAAAGAUUUCUGGAAAGACCUAAUGUGACUGAGAAGGCAAGCUGACUAUGUUUCAGAACAAUACUGAAUAAUACACUGCUGGUACAAUCUGUUAUUUACAGCUGACAACAACAGCCACCUUGGGCUAUUGUGUUUGUUACAUUCCAGAAAGAUCAGAAAAGUUCACGCUAUCAAAAUAUUCUAUAAAACUGGGUGCAGUGUUUCUGCGAGUCAAAAUGGCAUCCUUUAAGCUUCAUUUCAUUAUAAUAACCGUAUGAUUUUACUUUAAAUUGUGAUCAUUUAAGAACUUCAGAAAACAUGCAAUGCCUAUUGUUUAGUACACUAAUAGCUGUUCAGUCCAAAUGCAUUCAUUCGGUUACAUCCCUAACACACGCACACACACACACACACACACUCGCACGCACGCACACACACUCGCACGCACGCACACACACACACACACACACACAGAUAUUCUGGUGAGGUGUGUAAUUCUGGUUUUUCCACAAGCCAGUGUUAAAACAUAGGCACAGACACACACCCCUGCUCAUUCUCACCUGUAGAAGUUAGAAGUGUGGACACACACACACACACACACACACACACACACACACACCAUGGCGAGUGUCGGGAUGCUGCCGAGUGGACUGGCAAUCUGCUGCUCCCUCCCUGAUAUUCUCUUCCUACCUGAACUCGUAUUUGGAGGCUUGGUGUGGAUUUUAGUAGCGUGUACUAAAGUGGUUCCUGAUAACCCCCAGGCGUACGUCAUGGCCGUGUCGCUGUUCUGCUUCAUCGGCACCUUCAUCUGGAUGAUGAUGUUCCUGUGUGGAGCUCAUCACAACCGAUCCUCCUGGACCACUGCAGACAUGGUGUAUCACAGUACAGCUGCUCUGCUGUAUCUCAGUGCUUCAGUGCUCUUGGCGUACGUCACCGUCGUUAUCAGCCCCUUCAAUCAGGUCGACUUCACUCCCUACAAACUCAACGUCUCUGCAGUGGUGUUCUCCUUCUGGGCCACACUGCAGUACAUUGUACAUGCUGCUUUCUCAGCCAUCAGAUGGAAAUCUUAUUAAAACACAGAUGAUUCUGUACUCUGUGUGUGUAUGUUUGCGUGUGCGCGUGAAGGUGCGUGUGUGAGCGUGAAUGUGUGUAUGUUUGUGUGUGUGCAUGAAUGUGUUUGUGUGUUUGCGUGUGUGCAUGAAUGUGUUUGUGUGUUUGCAUGUGUGCAUGAAUGUGUUUGUGUGUGUGUGUUUGUGUGUGUGUGUGCAUGAAUGUGUGAAAGUUUGUGUGUAAUUUGUUGAAAUAAUCUAAUGGUGCACAUCAGGAAAAAAUAAAAAGUCUAAAACAGGAGUGUGUUGUUUUUGCCAGAAUUUAGCUGAGGAGAACGUUGUGUGUUGUGAUCUACUGUACUGAUUCAAGUCUUUUGCAUGUCUGUUGUAAUGAAUCGCACGUUUUUAAUGAUUUAAUGAUUCUGAAUGAUGUUAUUAUCACACAAACAAAACCAAACAAAAGACCAAUACACAUGGUUCAAUCUUUUGUUUGGUUUUGUUCAUUGGAGUCGUUUGAGUCGUUUACAAUGAACAGAUUAUUAGUGAAUCGCCUGUGAAUACAGGAGUGUGCUCUUGCUCCGUACAUUUAUUACAUUUUACACACACACACACACACACACACACAUACACACACACACAGAGCAAACACCAAGGGAAUGUGCAGUUCAGUUCUUAUACUUUUUUAUUUAAUUUCAAAACAGGUUUAUGAACGAGUGAGAAAGACUCUCUGUAAAUUAAUUAUUAAAGUAAAAUAUAAAGUAAUUAUUAUUAUUAUUAUUAUUAUUAUUGUUUUUUAUUUCCAUUAUUAUUAUGAUUAUUAUUCUGUGUGUGUGUUAGUGUUGAUCUUUGCGAAUGUACGACAUGAAGCUUGUUCAGGAAUUUCAGUUAUUUUUGUUCACUUCACACCUUACACACACUCGGACAUGUUUACGGACAGCAUUCCUCUGUGUGUGUGUGUGUGUGUGUGUGUGUGAUUUUCUCACACAAUAAAAACAGGAAAAUCUUCUUUCGUGCGUUGUUUUAAGGAUGUGAUUCCUCACUCUGAAAUGUGCAUCGUGUACAUCUCAAUGCAGUGCAAUGACUUCUGGGUAAAUUGUGCUUCUGAAGUGUUGAUCAGUUUUUAAUAAAGUUCACUUCUGCCUGA